CCCUUACCUUCACUUCCAGAUUGCUGCUGUUCUAACUUCUGGGUGCCCGUAGCUAGGAAGUGAAGCUGAAUUUCAAAGAGAAACUUGUUUGGUGAGUACUUUGACAGCACUGGCUUCCGCCUUUCUUUGACAUUUUUGUUUUAUUUUCUGAAGUGUAAGAGAGCAGUUUGGUUUGUUGGCAAUUUGUCUGUGCCGUUUACGACUUACGUCAAUUCGGACUUGGUAGGUACAGAAGGUAAGGUACAGUAGUGACAAGCGCGCAGCCAAGCAAAGGCGAAGCUCCAACUUCCAACCCAUACUACUUGCCCUUAAACCACGCAAGAGCUUCUGCGUCGAGUCUCGAGCACACUGAGCGCGCGCGCCCAACUAGGUUGAGCUUUUGCAUCAUGUCGCUCGACCCGCCGACAUACCUCGCAUCGCUGCAAAGCAACAUCCGCCAACGGCCCAUCCCGUGGGACGGUGCAGUGCGCGCGGGAACCCUGACCGAGGACCAACUCGCCCGCAUCCGCGCCGUCGACAAGGUCAAGAAGGACGCCCGCAAACAGACGGUCGAGGCCGACCUCGAUGGCUACCGCCUUCUGUUCGUCGGCGGUCCGGGCACCAAGAGCGUGCUCGAGCUGGCUGCCAAGCACCAGAACGUGGUGCAGUAUAUCCUCGUCCUCCUGACGGACCUGCUCGACACCAUCCCCGCCCUCUCCAAAGCGCUCCUCAAAUCUGGCGACCCCUAUCGGCACUUCCUGCCUCUUCUCGCCCACUCCUCAAACACCGACGACCCAAUCCCGCUUUUAACCUCGACUGUCCUCGUUAGCCUCAUGGCCGGCUCUAGAGACGAGUCUGCCGCCACGGUGGACAAGGCGCAGCCCCUAGUCUUCAGCUACCUCGCCUCCCUGACCAAGAACUCGGAUGCCGGACUACAGGAUAUCGGCGUGCAAGAAUACUCGGCCUUGCUCUACGCUCGCUCAACCCGGAAGCAGUUCUGGAGUCAAAGAAGUGAGACUGUUGCCCCCCUGAUCGACAUCCUGCGAGCCGCCGCUGGCGUUCGGGAGAACGAUGCCUCGGCCAGUUUGUGGAGCGGCACCAUGAGCAACGCCAGGAGCGGCUUCGAGGGCUCGCUGGGCGGCGGCGUGGGGCUCCAGCUGCUCUACCAUGUGCUGCUAGUCAUGUGGCAGCUCAGCUUCGAGGCUGCCGACGUAGGCGACGAGCUGAAUAGUGAAUACGAUAUUGUCCUGCUCUACACACAGCUCCUCCGGCUUUCGCCUAAGGAAAAGACUACGCGCCUCCUCAUCUCAACGCUGUACAACCUCCUGGUAGCCAAUCAGAACACACUCCUCCCCACAGCAGUGCUCGCCCGCCUUCCCUCGCUCCUCCAGAACAUAGGCGGCAGGCAACUCGCCGAUCCUGACCUGCAAGAAGACCUGGCCAAGCUGCGCGAGCUUCUCGAAGAGUACACCAAGACCAAGACGACGUUUGACGAAUACGUGGGCGAGGUGAACUCGGGUCACCUGCGGUGGUCGCCUCCCCACCGCAACGCAUUGUUCUGGGCCGAGAACGCCCGCAAGAUCCUUGACCACGACAACGGCGACCUUGUGCGCAAGCUGGCGCAAAUCAUGGACAAGCCGUGGGACAACGACAAGGCGGUGCUGGCGAUUGCGUGCAACGACAUUGGCUGCCUCGUACGCGAAGUGCCCGAGAGGAGGACCCAGCUGGAGAAGAUUGGGCUCAAGAAGAGGGUCAUGGAGCUCAUGGGCGAGGGCGACGAGAACGUGCGAUGGGAGAGUCUUCGGGCGCUUGGCGGCUGGCUGCAGUAUAGCUUUGAUAAGUGAAUGCUGCCCGGGCAGUAAGUCAGGUAGCUUUGGCGGCUAGGAAGCGUGGUGUUUGUUAAGCUUUGGGUCCCCUUACCGGAGAAUGUUUUCAUGUUUGCGAAGCUUGGGUUUUUGAAGGCUCGUGCGGCCGGCUGUAGUCAUAGCUUGGAGAGAAGGGAAAGGCUUUUUAGAUUGGCUUAAUGGUUCCCGUCGAUGCACACUUUCGGUGGGUGCUGGGUAGUAUACAAGCAUAAAUGUCCUUUAUUUUUGUUGGCCUGGUAGGCACUGCUUACAUAUGAUAUGAGCCUUGAACGGUUUCCUCCAGCGGCUUGCAUCUAUGUUCUUGCUGUUCUAUGUAUUGUAUCGCGGAGAGAAAGUCACAAAGAUACCUGCAUACCUCCAGCUUCCCCCACGUAU